AUGGGAAGUCCAAAUAUUAACCACAGUAGCAAGAGUGCAGAAGCAAGUGCCGAGGCAGUAUCUAACCCUCCACCAUAUUCUUCUAUAACCGAGCCCAGCGAUGUACCACCGAGCUACCAACAACAAAACGUAUCACACAGACUGUCCCUCGAUGGAUUUCCUCGAUCUGAAGAGACGGUGGCUAUUGAUGAAUGUAUCAUCCAUUUGAAGUUUCUAUCCGCGAUCGCUAAACUCCGAUACUUCAUUAAAGGAACAGACAAACUGUUCGGAAUCCACGAUAGUGAGGCCAAGAACUUUGCAGACACGCGCAAGCAAGCCCAGGCAGCCGCCCGAAUUCGAGAAAAGAGAUGGGCGGUCUAUGUGGCCAGAGCUGUGGACCGAUUUACUGUUUGGUGGCAGACUUGUUUACCAAGUCUCAAUACCAGUCGCAUCUCAACCCUGAAUAGUUCAUCUGAAGCCAAAAUAGUAUGGUCUGCCAAUAUGAUGCCACCACUUGAUGUCAUAAUGGUCUGGCAUGCAUUUAUGCUUAACCCGCGUGCCUUUCUCGAGGAUUGUCUGCGUCAAUCUAAAAUGAGUAUCUGGGCCACUGGGAUGCCAUGGGAUGUAAUAAACGCAUCUAUCGACGAUGAGACACAUGUCUUUUACCCGGGCAGUCAAGCUCUGAUGAAUUUCGAGACAAGAACGGGUCAUCCCUGGGAAAAUAUUCACGAAAGCCCGGCAAAGUCUCUUCUAUGCUGCGGUUGUAAGCAGGAGAUUCUUGCUCCCUGGACAGAAGGAUCACUUGGAUGUGACACAGAUGUUGCUUAUGCACACUGCAUUGGAUAUGCGGACAAAUCUCUGCGGAUUUCAUGUUCAGCAUGCAAAUUCAGUAUUACGCACGAUAGUCUUCGCGUGCAAAAGUUUCGCAGUGACGUACAGAAGUUGUUGAUAGAUGAUGUGCCUAUGCCUGGCACGCUUUUGACGCAGAAUGGCACUCCUGCUGACGAUGAAAAUGGCGAUAAUGUGUCCUUCCCAAACCGACUUAUCAAGGAAGGCAUCAGAAGCGAGAUCUUGCAGCUCACAGACCUCACUGAGAAUGAAAGGACCACGAUUGGCACCAUCCGCGACCACCUUGAGGGAUUCCUGAAGAGUCGUCCAUUAAUGCGUCGCGUGAACAAGACAAUACUGGCUUCCGGGAACUCGAAUAUGCCAGAGAGGAUAUCGCUUCGCAAUAUGCUCUCCAGAUAUUGGGACAACUCAUCCCCCUUCGCCAUCGACUUGAUCGGGGCGGUCAUACGGCAAGGGACAUUUGUGGACAAGAUGGACAAUAUCGGUUGGAUACGUUCGCCAAACGUGAGAUCGACCAUGAGUCACUUCAUCAGCAAGUACGGGGUGUUUUUCCAAAUCAUGGCCAAGAAUAAAGGCCAUGCUGUUGUCCCCACUCUCGACAUCGACCUAAUAUGGCACACGCACCAGCUUUCUCCCGUCCGCUAUUACACCUUCUCUACUGUCCAGAUAGAAGGUAUAUUCAUUAACCACGACGACAAAAUCGACGAGAUAAAACUCAAUGAUGCCUUCGCAUGGACCUCAAGACAAUACCAAAAGCUCACCGGCGGCAAGAUCUACAGUGAAUGCACCUGCUGGUAUUGCGAAGCGGUGCGCGAGUCCAACAAUCAAGGACUUGGCAGGUUGAUAUCGCCGUCCGCUCUCAAUGCCAAAACCAACGCUGCUCUUCUUCACAAUAGCACCGAUACAACCGGCGGGAAUAAAAACAAAGGACCGCAUAUUUCAUCUCAUAAUUCAGUUCGCAUCCUGGCCCAAGCCGAUCCAAGGGCAAUGCAGACCAAGACCGCCCAGCUUGAAUCGUGCUGGGAGAAAGCGCGGCGACGGUCACACAACCGCAAUGGGAGCAGAUGCGGUGGUAGUACCGAGGAAGACUCUCGAAGUAAGGCCGUCUACAGCCCCUACGCGCGCGAUCCAGAAAUUCAUCGCGAAAUAUACCCCUGCAACCCGGCUUGUGUGAAUAUCAGCGCAGGCGUGGCGGGUAACUGUAUCAGCGGAACACAGGGCGUCGACCUUGCGCAGGGUGCAUGUGUGAGUGGCACGAUGGCCGCCCAGACACGAUCGAAGGGUAAAAGCUUUUGCUCUGGCAUAGCAGGCUGUGGCAUGAGUCUCUAG